AUGACAAUUAGAACAGCCCGUCCAAACCGGGGACAACAUUUCUGGCCCCGCAUGCACUGCUUGAAAAAGCUGGAGGCCAUCAUGGUGGAGAUGCAGACUGGGAUCAAGAGCUCAGAGCAGAAGCUCAAUGUCACCACCAUCCCUCAUGUCAUCACAGGUCAGGACAUCAUUGCAUGGAUCACCAACAAGAUGAAGAGCACCACAGAAGAGGCUCAGGUCUUUGGCACCAUGUUGGUGGCCUAUGGCUACAUCUACCCCCUGCAGAACCACAAGAAGCUGGUCAUGUGCAAUGACAGCAGCCUCUACCGCUUCCAGACCCCAUACUUCUGGCCAACGCAGAAGUGGGUUGCAGAGGACUCUGACUACGCCAUUUACCUGGCAAAGAGGAACAUCCGCAAGAAAGGCAUGCUGGAAGCCUAUGAACAGGCACAUUAUAACCACCUCCAUGAAUGGUUCAACCACAAGUGGGACUUUAUUGUGAUGCAGGCCACUGAGCAGUACAAGGCUGGUAAGGAGAGGAAGAAGCCAGAUCGUGUGGUGUUUGACUGCCAGGAGAGGGCCUACUGGAUAGUGAACAGGCCACCGCGGCGAACUCACAGUGCUUUGGACUGCGGUCCAGAGCGUCUCAUUGAUCCCAACGCUGAUGAGAAAAUCACCUAUGACAUGUACAGACGCAUGAACAUCUUCUAUCAACAAGCUAUCAUGAGGUCAAAGGUCAAAUCUAGCGUGUCCCUUGGAGCACUGGCCAAGUACAUCACGACCUACAAAAACCACGACCCUUUCCUGGCUCCCUGUCUACCCAGCAAUCCGUGGCAAACAGACAACGACUCAUACUGGACUCUCAACAUGAGGCGAGUCGAUGUUCCCACGAAAAUGCGAGUGGAGCGCUGGUCCUUCAGCUUGUUUGAGCUGCUGAGCGACCUACGAGGCCGAGACGACUUCAAGAUUUUCCUCAAAAAGGAGUUCAGCGGGGAGAACUUGGCUUUUUGGGAGGCAGCUGAAGAACUGAAGUGGGGCACUGCAUCUUCCAUGACAUCAAAAGCUGAGACCAUUUUCAAGACCUUCCUGGCCCCAGGGGCCCCCCGCUGGAUCAACAUUGAUGGCAGGACAAUGGGUCUGACAGUGAAAGGCCUGGAGCAUCCUCACCGCUACGUGCUGGAAGCAGCACAGACACACGUCUUCCUCCUCAUGAAAAAGGAUACUUUCUUCCGUUACCUCAAGUCACCAGUGUACAAAGACAUCCAGAAGAAGGCGCUGAACCCUGAGGCUCAUAACUUCAGUCCAGCCCAGCUGGAGCAAAAUGCUAACAACCGAGGCGCAGGCAUCCAUCCCAUCAUCCUGUGGCAGCAGGAGGAGGAGGAAAAGGCCAAGGCAGCUGCUGCAUCUGCUCCCGUUGACGUCAAGGCCAUGAUGAGCAAAAUAGACAGGAAGAAGUAG